UCUUUUAUUUUCCUCUCCUCCCUCUGUCUCUCCGUGCCAAGCGGUCAGCGGCGUCCGUCUUCCUCCCGAGCGACACGGCGACACGCUCUGCCCGGUCCGCCGCAAGUUGGACUCCGCCGCCGCAACGCCCACCUCUCUCCGACGCACCGCAUCAGGGCCAGCCGAGCUCUCAGACAUGUCUGGACGUGAGGUUCGUGAGUACACUAACCUCAGCGACCCUAAAGAUAGAAAGUAUGGGAAGGGGAAGGACAAGAUCGACGAUGAGGAUGUCACCUUCCAGCGCAUGGUAGCAAAGAUGCAGGAUGUUGCUGGUGAGCGGGGAGGCUACCUUCAUGGGCGAGGAGCAUUGGACAGUGAUGAUUUGCUUUACCUUAAAGAGCAAAUGGAGGCUGAGGAAGAUGCAGAGCGUCUCCUCCGUCGUACAGAGAAGCGGGCAUUUGCUGCCUUUAAGCAAGCAGCUGUUCUAGCUGAUUCUGCACCUCCUAUUCCCGCGGCUCUUCGCGUCGAGCCUAGACCCAAAAGCGAUAUAAGGCAACGUGAUCUCUUGAAGAAGAUUGUCGAGAUCAAACCAAAGCGAGCAAAAGUCAGCAGCCCUCGACAAACAGCAGAGGGUGAUAGACCUAAGCAGGAACAAGAAGAUUCUAUGAGGAAAAUGUCUACGCCUGAAGGUGAAAAUGAACCGUCUCAAGGGGCAGUCAUCUUUGUGCAACCUCUGUCAAAACCAGGUGAUCCAGCGGAGGCCAAGUCGCAGAAUGCAGCUGUAAGCUUACUUGGUUUAGCGUAUGAGAGUUCGGAUGAGGAAUAGUUUGUGGCGUGAAGAAAUUGUUGUAGACUCCGUGUUGAAGUUUUUCUGUUCUCUUUCUAGACUGUGUUGUAUCAUCAGAAGGAUAAAGAACUUAUGCCGGCACUGAUUAGGUGUCACUGCUGGAAAUCAAGCCUGAGUUACUUA